AUGGAAAAUAUUGAUACCAGUCCCUCUUGCGAAGGCAACGACAAAGGCGAAAAUGCCGUCCUCAACACAUUCGACCUCUAUCUCGACAACAUCGACGAGUCCACCGUUGUGCCCAGCGAGACACACAGGGAAGAUUCGCCACUUGGCGAAGAAUUAUCACAGAUAAGACUACCUGCGAGUUUCAAUGGUCUCAUGGAUGACUACAGUCUAGCCCUUGGAACAGGACACGAAUGUGCGGAAAUGGCGUUUCCCAGACUAGAUGCCAUUCUCUUUCUACUGCUAGCCGAAAUGAAGAAGAGGUAUCCCACGGCCUUGCAACCCUCCGAUUAUACACCGAGCUUUUUCAGUCAGGUUCCUCUCGUUGUGGACCGUCGGGUUACGGGAGUACCUGAUUCUUAUCAGGAAACGGUGGACUACAUGCUGUGUUAUGGAUCGAUUCCGGCUUUGGAAACGAACCUUCUUGUGUUUAGGGAUAAGGUGCUUCAUUCGGAUGCGAGGACUCGCACGGCCAUCUCGGUGAUCAAUCGGGUUCGGAGAAACAACCGCCUCAAGGCAGCCAUCUAUGGCAUUUACACGAAUUCCUAUCAAUGGACUUUUCUCAAUUACGAUGAUAAUGGAGUGGUAUUGUGA